AUGCCCGUAUGCCUUGUACGAAGCAGCAUUAAUAUCGAUGAAACCUUUCAAGUACCACAUAUUGUGCGUCCAGGCGAGACUAUGAGCUCCUCAGGCAUGUGGUCCCGCCCGGGCGGCAAGGGAGCCAAUGUGGCUGCAGCGCUAGGUCUUGCAGGUGCCCCUGUCAAGAUGCUGGGGGCAGUGGGCAAGGAGGCUACAUGGCCCCUUGACUGCUUGAAAGAGCGCCAUGUCGAUACAUCGCAUGUGCAUGUGUCAGACUCUGUGCCUACGGGCCGCGCCUUCAUCCAGGUCUCUACGUCAGAUGGCGAGAACUCGAUUGUGCUAUUGAAGGGAGCCAACUUCGUGGAAGAGACGAGUUUGAACGAUCCAGCGGCAUGGAUCGGCACAGAAGAAGAGACAUAUGUGGUGCUACAAAAUGAAAUUCCGUUGGAGGUGACCAAGGCGUACGCGGCGUAUGCAAGCGCACGCCCUCAUGUGCGUGCAGUCUUCAACCCGAGUCCUAUGCUAUCUCAAGAUGAGCUGCGUGCCUUCCCAUGGGAAGGCAUCGACGUACUCAUUGUCAAUGAGGGCGAGGCUGCGGAUAUGCACGAGGCGCUUAGCGGUCGGCCUGUGGAGGCCUCGGCGGCGAAGGCCCUGGCGGCCCUCCCUGCGAUUGCCUCGAUCCAGUGGAUUGUCGUGACGUUUGGCAGUCGAGGCUCGGCGGCCGGUGUGCUCUGUGAUGGUUCACGUACAUGGGUCGAUGUGCCAGCCACCAAGGCUGAGCGUGUGGUAAACACCACAGGAGCUGGAGAUACUUUCACAGGCUACCUAGUCUCUGGCAUUCUCCGCGAACAGGGAGCUGUGACUCCAGAGCGUAUCCACGCAUUGAUGACGCGUGCCUCGGUUGCCUCGGCCAUGGCUGUCGAGGUGGACGGCGCAAUGGAGAGCAUCCCUGCCGCGGCGGACGUGGAGAAGCGUUUGUAG